AUGGGCCCCUGUACCGCCUCCUCAUGCUGCUGCCAGCCCCUGUAAUCUGCCAUGGGCCCCUGUACCGCCUCCUCAUGCUGCUGCCAGGUCCACAGUGUCUCAUGGGUCCCUGUACGCCUCCCAUUGCUGCUGUCUCCAUCGCCACACUCUGCCAUGUGCCACUUUCAGGUCUCCUCACACUGCUGCUGGGUUCCAUUUUGUCAUAGGGUUGCUGGCAGAUUACGGGCGUCUCCCAUUGCUGUGUGCCACUUUCAGGUCUCCUCACACUCCUGCUGGGUUCCAUUUUGUCAUAGGUUGCUGGCAGAUUACGGCGUCUCCCAUUGCUGCUGCCAGGCCUGUAAUCUGCCAUGGGCCCCUGUACCGCCUCCUCAUGCUGCUGCC